AUGGAGGACUUUGACAGAGGCCCCGCUCGUCAAUACGAGCAGCACUUGGAGGAGCUGAAGAGGAAGGCGGCACACAGCGUGUACGACAGCGGCAUUGAGGAGCUGGAGAGUACCAGCACGUCCCCAGGCAGCAGUCUCAACUCCAGCGAGGAGGACCUCAACACCCCUGCCAACGCUUACCCCGCCAAAGCUAAGCUCGGAGACACGCAGGAGCUGGAGGAGUUCAUUGCGGAUCUGGAUAAAGUGCUGGAGG